AUGCCUACAACAAGAAAGAGAAGUGCAUUGUGGAACCAUUUCAGUGAGCUCACGGACAACAAAGCAAAAUGUGGUUAUUCUGCACAAAUUUUGAGUAUACCCAAUAAAUCCAUCGGUAAUUUGAGCAGGCACUUGAAACUGAAACAUCCUACAAUUCAAAUACAAUUAAGCAGACAACAGAAUACAAUUCAACAGCAGUCAUCAACAUCAAUACCAGACCCAGUACCAUAUACGUCAUUAUUUACGUCUCUAUCUCAAAAUGAAGUAGCUGCAACGUCACAUACCUCCCUACCAUUAACUUCUCAUGGACCACCAAAACAAUCCACUAUGGCAGAAUUUAUUCAAGAACCCGUGCCUGUUAAAAAAAAUUAA